UUCUUCUUCCCGCCGACUCUGUGAGACCUUCUUCCGCUUCUCUGAAUCUCCUCCUUCUAAUCGUAUUCUCUCCUCUCUUGUAGCCCACACCAAGCGGAAGUCAUUACACGUUGAUACUUUCCUCUUGUAGUCGACAAUACAACUUCCUAAUAUUCUCCCAACGCCACCGCUGCUUCCUGUAUUCUUCUCCUCUGAGUUACUGUUUAGUUUGAGCAUAAAUUUGGAGAUUGAGCGAGUUGCAAAGGAGUCAAAAUAUAUAUAUUAAUCUCAUCUCUCACGGUUUUGGUGUGAACACCCACUCUUGUCUAUAAUUGGUCUCUUGGCCACGAUCCUACCAUAGUAAUCUUCCACAACAUCCGAGAAGUAAUUCUCAUUUAUUGUGAUUAUGCCUCAACAUAUUAAAGGCUUGAAGAAGCAGAAGUUGCUGGGAAAGUUUGACACAUGCAAGGAUGGGAAAAAGAAUGAGAAAGCAGGAGAAAAGGUUGAUUGUAGUCCUCCUCCAAGCUCGUCAGGAGAAUCAUCUGGGGAACAAUCUAGUGAUGGUGCUUCUUCAAAAAUAUUUAUUAAGGAACCAUCAAUUUAUGAUAAUUUGCUGAUGACACUCCGUUCCUGCAACAAAUCUCUUGCAAAUGCAUACAAUAAGAGAAAAAGACAAGAAGAAGGUAAAAGUGACACAGAAGAUGAUAAUGUCGAUGGUUCUACAUCUAUCAGUGUAUCAGAUGAGGAGGACGACAAUAGCAAAGAAGGAACUGAUUAUGAGUCUCAUAGAAGUCAUAUGAUGGACAGUAUACUGCAAGAAACUAGUGCAGUUGGGGAUCAGAAUAGAGAUGCUGACAUUGAGGAUGAUUUUGUGGCAUCAGAUGCAGAUCAAGAUUAUGAUAAUGGUCAAUUUGAUAGCAAGGCAUCCCUAAGCACAAGUGCCUUCAGUGAGCACCUUGGUCACAAAAUAACAAAAGAAGAGGUUGAUGAUCUGCCAAAAGGUAAAUGGAAAUAUAAAUGGGAGUCGACUGCCACUGGAAUACCGAAUUGCAAGUGGAAGGGAACAGGGGAGUGUUUCCUGAGAGAUUGUGAGAUGGAGUCUCAGUAUGGUCUUAAGCCAAAGUUGUAUAAGUACUGGCUGGAUACCUACAAGAAAUCUGGGGGAAAAGACUUCCAUUCAUCUAAACAGAGAUCCUUUUUUUCUCUAUGCAACAGCUAUCGGGAUAUAUUGCAUUGUAACAAAAGACCUUUUUACAAUAAAGGCUCGGAUGAAGACGCUACUAUUAUGGAUGGAUACCUUAUGCAUUCGUUGAAUCACAUCUUGAGAACUAGAGAUCUGGUGACAAAGAAUGAUGCAAGAAUGGUCAAGCAUCAAGAUGCUACAGAAGAAAUUUUUUCUAGUGAUGGUUUCCUUGACCAAGGGUUUACUCGUCCUAAGGUUUUGAUCUUGCUGCCACUUAGAAGCAUUGCAUUUCGUGUUGUUAAGAGGCUUAUACAACUAACUCCUAAUGCUCACAAGGUUAAUGUGGAGGACCUUGAACGUUUCUGUGAUGAAUUUGGAACUGGAAGGGACAUGAAUGAGGAAGAUAAGAAUAAAUCGCAAGAUACUUUUGACGAUGAAAAUCUGAACUCUCAGAAAUCUUCCAAACCUGCUGAUUUUCAAGUGCUUUUUGGUGGGAAUAGUGAUGAUGAAUUUAUGAUAGGAAUUAAAUUUACUAGGAGGAGCAUAAAGUUAUAUGGUGAUUUCUACUCCUCGGACAUGAUUAUUGCUUCUCCUGUCAAAUUACAUAUGAUGAUUGAAAAAGCUGAGAAAGAGAAGGAACUUGAUGUUGAUUAUCUCUCAUCCAUUGAGGUUUUAAUUAUCGAUCAUGCAGAUAUAAUAUCCAUGCAGAAUUGGUCCUUCUUAACUUCAGUUGUUGAACAAUUGAAUCGGAUACCUUCUAAGCAGCAUGGAACUGAUGUUAUGCGCAUACGGCAGUGGUAUCUGGAUGGACAUGCUCAAUUUUAUCGGCAAACAAUACUCCUAAGUUAUUAUUUAACCCCAGGCAUGAAUGCUUUAUUUAAUCGCCAUUGUACAAAUUAUAAAGGAAAGGUGAAGCUGGUAUGUGAGCAUAAAGGCGUUCUUCAAAAAGUUCUACUGCAAGUACGGCAGAUUUAUGAACGAUUUGAUGCAGACUCAAUAGUAGAUGCUGAUAAUGCUCGUUAUGAAUAUUUUUCCAAGAAGGUUUUUCCCAAGAUAAAAGAUUCUCUUCAGGGGGGGACUAUGAUAUUUUUGAAUUCUUACUUUGAUUUUGUUAGGCUUCGAAAGUUUUUGAAAUUACAAAAUGCAUCCUUCUGUCUGCUCGGCGAAUACACAAAACCAUCCAACAUAUCACGAGCUCGGGUUUGGUUCUUUGAGGGUAGACGCAAGAUUAUGCUUUAUACUGAGAGAGCUUAUUUUUAUAAACGAUAUAAGAUUCGUGGUAUUAAAAAUUUGAUCAUCUAUUCUCUGCCAGAAAGGAAGGAAUUUUACCCUGAGAUUGUUAAUAUGCUUGAGGGGUCCAAUGACAUGACAGCUACUGUGCUCUUUUCUCGUUACGAUCAGCUCCAGUUGGAGAGAAUUGUUGGAUCUACUUCAGCCAAGAGGAUGAUCAAUUCAGAGAAAAAUGUUUUUUUGUUCUCUUAAAGUCUGCGGGAUUCUGGAAGCUUCUUUUUCUUCCUGGAAGUAUUAAAGAGUUGCUACAAGUUGAAUUGAAAUUGAAAUGAACAUGGCCUCUUUAUCGAAAAAGGAAGGCGUUAGCUGCAAAAGCGAAUACAAUGUGGCAGGGUUUUGAAGAGAUUCUUGCUACCUGUUGCCUUCUGUUUUCUGAAUUUUGCGAGAUUCUUGUUUAUCACAAUGUGAUUUGUAAAUUUAUAUAAAAUUGUUUUAAUACAUAAUUUCUUUUUUUUUUUUCU